AAUACAUGUUAAGGCCUCUUAGCAAGCCUCCAUCUCCUGAGGUUGUCAAAGUUUCUUUGAAAGACUGCUUGGCGUGCAGUGGUUGCAUAACUUCAGCAGAAACUGUAAUGCUCGAGAAGCAAUGCUUAGAAGAGUUUCUUAGCCAUAUCAAUCCAGAGAAGGCGGUAAUAGUAUCCGUGUCUCCUCAGUCAAGAGCAUCACUUGCUACCUAUUUUGAUCUCUCUCCAGCUCAGGUUUUCAGAAAACUGACAACUUUUUUCAAAUCAUUAGGGGUGAAGGCAGUUUAUGAUACAAGUUGUAGCAGAGACAUAUCACUCGUAGAAUCUUGCAAUGAAUUCAUCUCACGACACAAACAUCACAUAGCUGGCGAUGAAGAAAGUGUUUCAAAUCUUCCCAUGAUUUCAUCUGCCUGUCCUGGAUGGAUAUGCUAUGCGGAAAAGACUUUGGGAUCUUUUAUCCUACCGUAUAUUAGCUCAGUGAAGAGUCCCCAACAAGUAAUGGGAGCUAUACUCAAGCAUCACAUAUCAAAAAAGAUGGGAUACUCGCCAGACAAAAUCUUCCAUGUGACUGUGAUGCCCUGCUAUGAUAAAAAGCUUGAGGCUGCUCGUGAUGAUUUUGUAUUUUCAGUGGAUCAUGGAGGAGAAAAUUAUCCUGUUGAUGAUUUUUCAGCCAUGAAGAUUCCAGAGGUGGACAUAGUUUUGACGACUGGAGAGGUGUUAGAUCUGAUAAAGUUAAAAUCAAUUGAUUUCAAAGCUCUGGUAGAAGAUCCUCCGGAUAGAUUGUUAACAAACGUUGAUGAUAAUGGGCUUUUUUAUGGGGUUUCUGGUGGUUCCGGAGGUUACGCCGAGACAAUUUUUCGGUAUGCUGCUAAAAAUCUAUUUAAUAGGGACAUUGAAGGUCCGCUUCAGUUUAGGAUCAUACGGAAUUCAGAUUUUCAAGAAGUGGCACUAGAGGUUGAUGGUAAGGUUGUUCUCAGGUUUGCACUUUGUUAUGGAUUCCGUAAUUUACGAAAUGUUGUGCAAAAAAUAAGUAAAGGGAAAUCUGACUACCACUUUCUAGAAAUAAUGGCAUGUCCUUCAGGCUGUCUUAAUGGUGGAGGCCAAAUCAAACCUGCGGCAGGCCAGUCUGCUACCAAUCUUAUCCAACAGCUGGGAAAUGUCUAUAUGCAAGAUGUAUUGAUUGCUAGUCCUUUUGAGAAUCCCAUUGUAAAGACCUUAUAUGCUGAGUGGCUCGAGCAACCAGGUUCAGAGAAAGCUAGAACAUAUACACGCACACAGUACCAUCCGGUCGUCAAGAGCAUUGCCUCAGAACUCCACAACUGGUGAUGAGAAUAUCUAUAAAAUCAUAACCCAUCAGAAAUGUUGAUAUAUUGAUUUAAUGUAUAGAAAACAUGACCAAUCAUAGUUAGCAAGAGCUUUGCAAAAUUUAGAAGAAAACUGAAGGAUAUGCUCUCAAGUCUUAACUUCAGAAAUGAAAUAGGAAUUUUGUUCCAGUUGUGGUUUUCAAAGUUUUAGGUUUUUUUUGGUGGCUAGAAGCUUGAUUUAAAGUGGAAGAAAUACAUGCAAAAUACUGUGUGUGUGUAAAAAUAAAGUCGACAUAUUUAUUUAGCCUUUAUUUGUUGACGCAUAUGGUGCAGGUUAAUUUGGUUGUAUUUAUUUUAUAGAAAUUUAUUUU